CGAAGUCAUAAAGCUAUAAAGUGAAGAAGACAUGGGGCUUCUUAACUUAUUUCCUACUCUUUUUCUAGAUCGGAUUGGAAUGUGACAAGGCAAAUUAGAUAGUACAAAAGCCGUCACUAGCGUAUUCUUAGUUUAUGCCUGAUUGAGCUGAAAGAAAGCUGUCACUUUCUAGCCGGUUUGUCAGCUGCAGGAGGUAUUUUUGUAAAUUUGUGCCAUUUACUUUAUUCCGAAUUCCUCAACAUAAUAGCCUUACCGUGAAAUGAGUGAAGACGAAAGGGGUCUAAAGGACUCAAAAACUAGAGACGAACAACCGCCAAGACCGGAUUCAAGCUCAUCAUCGGUUAUAAGUAGAACUAGCUCUCCAGAGCAUCUUGAAGGUGAUGUAUUUGCGAGUGUGGGAAAACAACAAGAUCAAUUAGAUCCCGAAAAAAUUUCUGCUGAUGUAGCUGCUAGAGGGAUUGUAUCCCCUAAGAAGCCUUUAGGAACGUUAGCGCAAACUGGGAUGCGUGGAAUGUUAAUAGCUGCGUGUGAGGUUGCAACAGAUGAGUCAGAAAAAAGUCAAAAAGCAGAGGAUGUUACUUCACAGAGUAUCAAAAGUGAAAACUUGGACAAGAAUGCAGUGAAUUCGUCAAGGGAAGAUCAUGAUCGAGUAGCCCAUGAUAUUCUUUCUUUCAACAAAGACUCAUCAAAUAGCCGGCCAUCAUCAGCAAGUUCUUCUUCAUCAACAGCAGAAGGAGCAGAGAAAAAAGAAUCUUCUUUCCAAGCUGUGGAAAAAGAGAGGAGUUUCAUAUCUCAUGCUGGUAAUACCACAGUUGAGGUUGUUUCAACUUGUACCCAGACUGAGUGGAGCUGGUUGAAGGAUAUGGAAUUAUACCAGGAAAUAACAAAUAAAUCUAAACCUGAGUGGGCAAACAGAAAAGAAAGGAAAAUGUCGUCACCAUCAGGUAACGUGAAAACUCGACAUGCACACAAGUUGAUAAAAAUACUUUGCCUCUCAAAAUAAUAUAAGCCUACAUGUAGCUUCCAUUUUCCCUCUUCAUGGGGUAGGAGGUGGCAACAUGAAGGCUGCAAAAAAUAGAGAGAAACAAUGGUUCACAAUGAGAACAGGGUUGUCAAAAACAGCUGGCAGCUGGAAAAAAUCAACACCUAAUUUGGCCAGCUACUGUACAGGGCUUUUCCUUAUCUAUAUUUCUUAUUAGUAAAAUCCAACUAGUGGUCUAUUAUCAAUGCUGCGUUCUGAUUGGUUGAGCUACUACUAGGCUAUAUGUUAUAGCCUACUAGUAGCAAAAAGCGUGGGCUUUUUGGCAGCACAAAAGGAUUAAGGUCUAGCUUUAACUAGCUUAAAACUUUUUAUUCUCAAUAUUUUUGACCAACUAGUUGGAUUUUACUGAAACAAUUAUUCCUCUCGCCCUCAUGGCCUCUGAGUCAAUAGCUCAUUCAGCCUUCGGCCUCGUGGGCUUUUGACUCAGAGCCCAUUCGGGCUUGACGAAUAAAUGUUAAAUAAAGAAUAGCAACAUUAGCCACCUUCUUCAAUUAUAAAGCCACCGGCCUACUUUGAAACUUCUGAAAUUCCCGUGAGUAGACUGAAAAUAGCCUGGGUAGCUAGCAGAAUCGUUUUUGCCUGUGUGAGUGCUUUGGUGGGAAAGGUGAAGUCAUCUCAUCUUAAGAUCUCGGUGGCCGAAUGUUGAUAACUGUGGUUUGCUCUUUUAGCCAACGGCCAUGCUGGCUCCAUCAAAAGAAGGAAGAAAAAAUCUGUUGGAAGAAGAACAUCAGUCAGCAGUGACAAAGGUGCACCUGUGAAAGAUGAAGAGAGUUUCUCACUUCCUGAGGUGGAGGAAGGAACUGAGACAAAGAAGGGCUACACUGGACAAGAGGAAGGUCAUUACUUAACCCUUUAAGCUCCAAUAGUGACCCAUACCCAAUUUUUCCCAAUAAUAACACUGUCUGAUCAAAAAGACAGGUCAUGAGAAUUAAGGAAAUGAUCACCAAAGAUGAAAUGCUGUGAUGUUAGAACAAAUUCUCUCCAGCAGUACCAUAAGGAAUGUAUGAAGAACAGUGCUAGUGUGGAGAAGAUGCAUGUUGAUGCUGGGGCUUAAAGGGUCAAAUAAACUUACUCUUCAAAAGAUACUUUGAAAAAAAGCUCAGGUGACUUUUGAUGAAAUUUAGAUCCUCCCCCUGCAUUAAAUUGCCUUAUGUUUAGUCUUGAUCAAAGGGAGAAUUUAAGUUGAGAUCACAAGUCACUGGAACCCUUUUCCACACACCUUAAUUGUCACUUUAAAAGCAAACUUGACAGGACUGCAGUGUCUUGGAAAAUCCCAAAAUCUGUAAACCUUUGUUCUGAGUAAAUUAUGAAAAUUAAGCUUUCUAUGGAAAAGUGUGACAGCUGGAAAAUUAUUAGAGAAAAACUCGUGUUUUUGAGUUCGGGCUUUAGAGACCUUUAGAGUCGAGGACAAGGACAACUACGAGUAUGAGAUUUGACUUAAAGUUUUUUUGUGUAUUCUCAAAAUAGAGACUCCCCAGAAAGCUUCAUUUACCAUUUUUAACUAGAAAAGUUAGCACUGUUAGCAGUUACCUUUAGUGAAGGAGGUUACACCCUCUACCGAUCACAAAAUGAUAACACUUCUAACACUUGAUAACUUGUAUUAGAGUGACAAUGGCUACCAAAAUGACACUGGUUCACUCACAAGCAUUACUUAGUAUUGAAAAAAUCUUGUUCUUGUUGUCGUAUUCGUCUUAGAACCUAAAGGUCUCUAAUUCUGAUGAUUUGCUUUUUAUUUAUGUCUCCAGGAAGCAAUGGGAGAAGCAAGUCCAAAUCAUCUGGGGGAGUCCCCAGAUCUCGCCAAUCAGUCGUGUCUUCACUGCCACGUACCCCCAAGGGUGAGGAUGUUCUGUUCCGCCCUCCCACAGUGGAACCAGACUCUGACAGUACUUCGGAGGCUGAUUACGAAGGUUAUGUUGCAGAACAAGAGUAUAUGCUACCAAGUAUUGGUCCUCCCGCUAUCCUUCAGUACAUGAAAGAGUCCCAACAUCCCCCAUUGUCUAAUGAAGAGGUUGAAGAUAGAGAAGAACUUGCCAAGAGUGAAAUGCUGAAGAAGAGUAUGUAUAGUGGUCCGUGCAUGUUUUGUCAUGAGGAGAUAUUGCCGUUUCCAACCAUUGAAGAAUUGGAGAGAUUGACCCCUGAUCAGGUGAUUUUCAAAACAUCAUUAUUAGUUAUUGUUGCAUGAAUCAAAUAAUAUGUUUUGACAUGUUGGGUCAUUAAGAAAGUUUGCAGGGAUUACAGAUAUUUAACUGUGAAAUCCAAGGUCCUCAGCACUUAAAUAAGUUGCAAUAAUAGGUUGGUUAUAAAUGUUUAAAUGGGCUCUUACUUUGACUGUGGUUCAAGAGACUCAACAUAUCUUUUUGUAAGGUUUUUAUUUCAAGUUAACCUGUGAGCAAGCUUUCCUCAUUAAUUGCUUGCUAAGCGAGCUGUGACAGAACGUGCAAUCCAGGGGGUUUCCUUUCUCCAUCCCUCAUAAUUGCAUCUCCUUUUGCGUGCUGCUCUCACAUGACUUCUUUCAACACCCUCAAAUGGAGAGCUUGCUCACAGGCUAAUUUUAAGUAUAUAAAUAGCUCUUGAGCUUGGUUUUGUAAGCCUUUUUUUAGCUUGAAUUGUGACGAUGUGACGGUUAUACUCCCAUUUAGAUGUUCUUAGGGCUUUCCUUUCGGUGGCUUGGUGGGGCGGGGGUUUGAACACGUGAUGGAAGCCCUAAGAACGUCUGGUGUGCGAGGCCAUUUGAAGGUUGCACAAGUUUAAAAUGGUUAGGAUAUGCAGUUUUGUUAAACACUGAGCACUGAACUCUUAAACACUGAGCCCUAAGAUGUUUUUGUCACCCAAAGCCAAACGUAAGUUGUUGGGAAGCACAGGGUACUUCUAAAACACAACUUGGAAAUUAAUAAAUUAUCCGUUUUUGGAUGUGACUUCAAUGGUAAAAUUUUACCAAAAAGGAUCAUCUACCAGCUUCAGGAGUGUUGUUAUGCAAAAAUAUGAUGAUAUCCAACUAUUUAAGCGUACAAAUCUGGCAUCUCACAUCUGAGUAAUUUUGUAUACCAUACAAACAGUUACUUUUGCUUUCAGCUUUACUGCUGUCCUCAGUAUGAACGCUUCGUGAAAUUUGAGCUUGCCCAGAGAUCAGACACUGCUCAUUUGGUUGAUGAAAUGAUUGACAUUAAGCCCCACCCACCUUAUGGCACCAAAGCCGCGAGGAGAGCAGCCAAGGAGCGAGCAGCAGAACGCGCCAGAGAACGUGAAAUGGAGAGACAGCGGGCUGCCGGUGCUAAUCCUACGAACUUCUAUGCAUGUGAGUUGACUCAGUUAAGACUCCACGCGUCUCUCUCGCGAUAUAUUUAACUUAUUCGCAAAGGAUGUCGGAACGGAUCCCCUUGAUGCCUCGCGCUUUGCUUGGCUAAAGCACUAGGGGUCCACACAAUCUGUCUACUGUGUAACCGUUUGUAAUUUUAUGUAAAUGUAUUGGAAUUACCGUUUGCUUCGUCUAUGGCAAUAUAUCGCUAAAUAUGUGUAUGGAUUAGUGUUAGAGUGGUUUUCGUUUGAGUGUCGUAAAACCAAAACCAAAGUAAUUACUCUGGCCAAUCACAUAGGAUACAGUCAAUACAUUGAACCAAUCAAAACUCGAAGUAAUUACAUGUGGCUGACGCAAAGCGCGAGAAAAUGCAUGCGAACCGCUCUAAAUAUACAUUGUGUUAUCUUACCUGCGGUGUAUUGUCGUCCUUUUGUCUCAAAAGAGGUAUUCUGAGUGGUUUCGAAGGAUUUUGAGUUCGUCCUUUACGUGUUCUUCCUCCUAACACCCUUAUUGUAAUGCAAUCUAACAGGUUUUUUUUUUCACUUUUUCCAUAGUAACUCGUCAGAUGAAAACUAUCACUUAUUCCUUGGCUUCUACCAAGUGCAUGGAGGAGGGAUGGACGGUUCGUCCAGAGUCUCCGUCACUGUCAGACGGUGAACAAAUUCAGGAUCCAUUUGUUAUUGAAGUCAAUCCUCUCCAGCUUGUAAGUACAUGGCAUGAAAUUGAAAUGAACUGUUGUGAAGUCCGGGGCAACUGUCAUGAGACGCAAAAUAGAAAAACGGCCGACGGCAACGAGAACAUAAAAAAAAAAACAAGAUUAGCAAACAACAACUUUGCACGUGCAUAACGCUUUUUUGUACACUUCUUCACGGCAGGACUGCAACGUGAAGUUGCCAACUUUCAAGUUUUGUGGAGAGCGUAAACAAACGACGACAAAUUUCUCUUUCCCUUUUUGAACUUGAAUACUUUUCUUAGGAAUUCAACUCCAGGAGGGUUCGCCUACAAUUGAUAAAGAGAGCGAGUUGGAAUAAUCACGUUUCAAAAAAGGCGAAGUCACUUUAAUUUCCUACUGACGUUUUUGCCGCCGUCAGCGUUGUGGUAUCUUUAACUCCCUCUUUUUCGUAGAAGGCUAGAAGAUCACAGUCUAUGUUCCGUUGAGUUUUUUUCCCGCAGGAUUAAAGAAAGUCCAUUAUUUUGGCAAAAAUAAAACUGCGCGUCCGACCAGUUUUUCCCGAGACAAUUUUAGCACAGUUCAUAGUCCAUAACCACGAAAACAUGUUUCAACCAAUCAGAUGAACGAGCAAGAAAUUUCCCGCCUAAAUGGCGCACUGCACACAGCUAGUCCCGCGGGAAACAAAUCUAGUGUGACCCGCUUUUUCCUCAGUAAAGAAAACAAAACUAUAAAUAUAACGUAAGAAAAAUACGGGAGAAAAUGGUUCUUCCGACGGUAUGUGACCACUAUCAUAUGUAUAUUAAAUUAUUAAAUACUUUUAAACUGUGUUCAUUCGUAGGUGUUUAUGUUAUCCAUUUUACGAGAGACAGGUAAAUUGAAGACGGUAACAAGUACAUUUGUUAUUUUCAUUUUUUCAUCACAGAGGAAGCAGGCAUUUCUGGAGAGAUUCUACGAAAACAAGCGAAGGUUUCUUCUUCUGCUCCCAGAUGGAACUGGGACUUGCUAGUAUCCUUGUUGCAUUCUCAACUAGAUUGUUUCCUCAUCGUCCGUACCCCCAAUCAUAAGGUGCUUUCGAUUGGAGCUGGAUAUUAGAGUCCGUUUCUUAAAAUUUCCCCGUUAGAUACUAGUGUAUCUGUAUUUCGGUUUCGCGUUUGAUUAGAAGCUCCAAACUCUGGGAUUAAUUUCAAACUUGAAAUCAUCCAUAGACAUAAAGUUCUCACUCACCUGCCACUCUCAGGCAUAAGUGCGCGGAAAAUCGCUUUUCGCGAAAGUUUGUAACUUGAGAAAACAGCCACAAUUUUUUGAUACCACCGCUGGUUUCCCAGCAAACUGACGUUUGAAGAACGAGGGCAGAAAUUCCAUACUGAUGACGUGUCACUACGUAGGUCUGGGUAGUGCUUCUGAUUGGUUGAAGCAAAUUUCCAUUCCGGCACAACCAAUCAGAAACACAACUUCGAUCUGGGUAGUGUCAGGUCAUCAGUAUGGAAUUUCUGCGCUCGAACCUCAGACGUUCCAGUGGUAGCGUUGCGAAAUGUGUUUUUUAUCAGGCUAGAAAGUUUGUUGUUUUUCUUUCAUUUGCUACUCUGUAUAACUAUUAAAUCUGUUGAAUUUUCUUGACGUCAUUGUUCAGUUAUCCUAGUGGUAAUAUUGCAGUCAUGAUAACUGCUAAAGAAAAAGGGAAGUUCACGUACAUAGUGUUCGAUGUAAGUAGCUGACUUCGCACUCUACGACUAAUGUCCUAAAUACCCAUCUUCAAAUUUCGGCUCGGAACACGCGAACUACUUUGAAAUUUUGAGGCAGUUAUCCCGCUCAGAACUCAUGAGAACUCCCGUCAUAUUGCUAACUAACCGGCAAAUAUAGAGAGACUUCAGAGAUAAGAUUUGUGUGACAAGUGAAAAGAAGCUAAACAUAGCUUGUGUUGCUGCAGAAGCAUGCUUCUAACUGCAGGCAGAAUAAGCUUCGCGCCAAAAAUACCCCUUUUCUGUCAAGCGGUAAUGAUGAUCACGUGGCCAUAUUUCAUGUCAUUCAUUGUAUUUGGCGUUUGCCGUAUGCAGUUUUCAACGUGACGAUGAGUGGAUUCACCUUGAUGAAAACCUUGCGGAUUAAAUUUUUUAGAUAAUUAUUGUUGUGGGAUACUGCUCGGGUCGAUAACUGAGGAAGCUUAUUAGGGGGUCUUGUAAGCGGACGUUUACGGUAUUUCCACACGUGGUGAAGGCAAUCGAUUUAGUUUAACCUUUUAAUGCUUUUAAUACUCUUGUUCCUGGAUUAGGACGAUGAAGAGAACGAAUCCAACCCAUCCAGGAUGUUAGCAAUAUUCGAGCCGUCUGGUCAUGGAACAUGUUACUUUAGAGAUGGUGGAGUCAGGUAGGUAUUUAGUUGGAGUGAAAUAUUUUGUGUGGGCGAGAAGACGAUUAUUUUCUCUUGACCGGCCAUAUGAGCAGACAUACACAGUCAUUUCGGUUGCUGUGGUGCAAAUCAAAACAUGCAACUCUUUAUUUAUUCCUAAGCGUAUUAUGUGAAAGAACAUUACAUUUUAGCUCCAAAGGAAAAUAAGGUUCAUCAUACGUUCCUGGGAAACUGCCCACCUACCCCUACCCUAAACCAACAUUUCAAUGCAGGCUAGAGAAAUUGUGCAAAUUUAUUCCAUAUCUGGAGGUACUGCCUCUGCCUUGCAGAAGGAAAACCUUGGAGUGAAUUGGGUGGCCAUGUAAAAAUGGUAAUCCACACUCCAGUAGGAGUAGCCUGCGUAGGUGGCGAUUUUGUAGCGUAGGGUCAAUGGCGAACGGCCAAGCGGAAACAACGCUUCGCCGUUCGUUCGCGCGCGCUUUCGCAGCUUCCUCGCUCAUUUGCGCGCUCGUCAGACAAAACCGCCGGCCACGCAGGCUACAGUAGGGGGCAUAAAACAGUUUCUUCUGUUAGUGCUUUCGUGCCAUGUGUAUUCAGGCUUAAAUAAAAAAGCACUGUUUAGUGUAGUUUGUUCGAAAAAUGACCGAUUUAGUAAGAAAAAGACUCAACUCUGAGUGAAUUUCUUAUUUUCUCUGUAAUACAGUUAUCGAUGAAGAAGCACUAUUCAACCAAUUUCUAUGGAUCGAUACAGGGCAAGAUGAAUACUGUUGAAGGCCUAUAAAAAGACAAUAAAAGAAAUCUCCCUUUCAUCUCCCUAGUAGUAGUAGCAUCUUGACGAUGUAUCGCAUUUGUUUUUUUUUUUUUUAGGUUAGUGUUAAAUCCAUUCUAUGGCGUUCUGCUGGAUAACAAAGGUGCCCGGAAGAAGAAAUGGCUUUGGCAUAAUUUGAAAGAGCACGUGCACGCCCCACCUUUUCAACCAAUCACAUUCAUGAUCACCAAGCAGCUGUCAAUCAGAUGCUUAUCUCAGGUACUGGUGUCGAUGCUUUUGUCAGUCCUUUAAACCCCAACAUCCGCGUGCAAAUUCUCCAAACCGAUCUUUAUGCAUAUCCUUAAAGAAUGAGUUGAGAGAAUUUGUGAAAAAACCAUAGCAUUCCCUCUUUGUGAUAAUUUUGUUAACUCUCCUGACCUCUUCUCUUGAUUAUGUAUUGAUAUUGUAAGCAGAACAUUGAUGUUGCUCACUCUUUUUAAUAGACUAAGGGUGCGUUCCUUUCAGAUGAUCUGGAUCAGGAUCAGUGAUCCGAGAUCACUCGGAUCAUGGUAGAUCAAAUAAACCGAUGAAUCCUUGUGCCGCAGAGUAGAUUGUCGGUUCAUUUGAUCUACCAUGAUCCAAGUAAUGUCAGAUCACUGAUCCUGAUCCGAAUCAUCUCAAAGGAACGCACCCUAAGAUUGUACGCGCAGAUUAUCUUUUUUUCUAUUGUGACCUCACAAUAAGGGGUUGGGCAAUGCCUUCUAAUUUGACAACGGUUCUAUUUCCUGUACUAUGAUUAUCCACUUUUAUCUAAACUGAAGCGAUGUCCUUUUCUUAGGUAGAAGUAACCACGCACUUAAAUUUUGCAAUUAUUGGUAGAAAUUCCCAUCCCCAGUUGUGGCAUAAGAGUAUUUUAAAGGAGCAGUAUUCUGUCGGUUAUCGCGAAAACACCAUAACAAUUGCAUUGAUUAUGCACUGCUCGCUUUGUUGGCUAAAACUUCAAAGUGCCACCCUCUCAUUUAAUCAGAUAAGCUAAACAGCGUGAGUUACUUUCGGCGUUUUCCCGUGCUUUUUAACAGUUACAUAGAUAUGUAUAAUGAGCUCUGAUUGGUUCAUUGAGCUAGUUGGCAUGGUUACUUGACUUUUGCCGCGUUUCACUUCAGCGAGAGCAUACAGUAUGUUUGAUGUUUGGGUGGACAAUUUCAUACAAAUCAUCGUAUUUUACAGUGAUUUUAUAGUGAUGGGCUCCUUUGGUGCCUUUGUUCACGGUUGUUCCAGGAAUGCGCGGAGUGUUUAUUGUCGUGAUUUUAGUGACAAGAUUAACUUAUGAAUUCCCAAAAUCGUAACCUGCCCACCUACCCCUCCCCUAAGCCAACAUUUUGCCGUUAGUGAAAAGUAAGUGUUAAUGUUAAUUGGCUUAGGGAAGGGGUAGGUGGGCAGUUUCCCAGAAACGUAUAAUGAUCCGGAGAGUUUAUAGAGUUUCAAUAAGUAUUUUUCCUAUUUCAGAAUAAAACGGUUCUCACCUUUAAUCACGGAAAGCACACAGCUCGUUUUAACGUUGGAUCCAAACUCAAGGUAGGAGUCUACGAAACGCAUUUUGUUAACUUACAGUUCUUACCGUUAGUCACUUUGAUUUAUUCGCAACUCUAGAAGGGAGAAAAAACUGGAGCCGAAGUGCGUCCCGCAAUUGUUUCUGGGAUUGUUACUGGGCACGCGUCGAUCAGCUGUUGGCAUGGUUACUGGUUCUGUCCAUAGUGACAGUCCCAGAAGUCUUGGCGAAAGUCAACUCGGCCCAGUUCCUUCUCGUUUUUAAAGUGGCGAAUUUUAUCCGUUCGCUUUGUACAGAAGCCUGCGAAAGAGGUGUUUUAACAGGGCUGGCAUUUAGUUUAGGUAUUAAAAUAAAGUAAAUAUUGUUUUUGAUGUUACUUUAAGGCUGUCGCCAAAGCAAAACCACCAACAAACAAAGACAAUUACGAGACACAUCUCUUAGAGGUCAAGCAGUUUGUGAAGUAAGUACUAUGAUACUAAAUCUUAUACUUUAUGUUAAACUCAUGGGUGGGGAGCGGGGGGAAGGUGCCUGAGAAGCUGGUGGAGCCCAGAAACUGCAGCCGAGUGCAGCGAGUAACCAUGACAACACUGUGAGUGGCAACCACCCAGGCACCUUCACACUGCUAACCAGUGGAAACUAAAUAUUGAGUGUUUUCAUAUGACUUCACGGCGGCCAUGUUGGUGUCCCAAGGCCAAACCAAUCCUGUGGAAGUUGAACUCUUUUCUUAUGCAAAAGUCUUCGUUUUUUCCAAUAAAUUUGCAUAGAUGCUGGCCACGUGAGUGAAAACGCUCUAUACUUACCACAUACUUACCAAAGGGAGGGCUGGGAAGGGAGCAGAAAUAAACACAAGCGAAAUGAGGUGACCUCAACGUGAUAGCUGUAAAAUCUCAGACGCCCCUGUGAAAGGCCCACGGCCGCUCCUGCCAAUUCUGGGGAAAGGCAGCUGGCCAGCAUUGUCUCGACUGUAAAGGGGCUGUGUCACAGCAGUCCAGUUCAUUUUGUUUAAUUUUGCCAAUUACUCGCCCUCAAUCGCUAUGAAAAUUAAAGUAAGCAAAGAAAUUACAUUUAAAUGACAAAAUCAGAGAUCCGAGACAAACAAAUAUGUCUCCUGAGCGUUAUUUUUGAAGUUGCAAGCAGCAGGGAUAAAGUUUGAAAAACUGUUAGGCUGAACAGUUUUCAAAAACCCGAAUUUCAAUCCGUUUCAGUCUUCUUCAGUUUUGCCCAUCCGUGGCAUCUGUUGUUUCUUUUAUGUUAUUUUAACUUUCCUUUAAAGUUUUAAGCGCUUAUGUUUUUGUUUCUCUUAAUUUAACGGACAUUUUGUAAUUUCCUAAUUUGGCUGAAUUUCGUGACACAGCUCCUUUAACUUUGCAUAAAUUGCAUUCAGCCACAUGUAAAAGGACUGUUCAAGAGGGUUAGUUUUUCUCUUUUGCUGAAGAAUCAUGCACUACCCAGAUAUUUACCAACCUGUGAGUACAGCCUUCUUUCCUCGCUUCCUGCCGCUCGUAAACGCCCCUAGCCUAGCGACGAGGAGCGACGGCUGUAUUCUCAGUCUAGAUAUUUAGCAACAAAGGAUAUGUGAUAAAAAUUCCAAACUGUAAAAUCCGUAUUUCAUUUUCUUCUAGUAUUGUUCUAGAUCGUUACCAGAAUGCCGUGCGCCUUCCCAACUACCCUCGACUGGACAAAAUUCCACUUCCGCUUCACCUUCAAAGAGUAAAGGAUGCAGCAAGGAAGGCGAGGCUACAAGGCUCUACCCCCAGCAGUCAGCGGGAAACGACAGUGAUCGUAAACUAGGUUCCAGUUCCCUGGCGAUGAUCUUCAUUCAAGGACUCUCCUUGCCGUUUAGCAAGUUGUGUUCAAAAUGGGAUUUUUUAAACCCCUGUGUUGUUCAUGUCUUUCACUGUUUCUAGGCAUCCUUUCUAAAUAAUAUAUCUCCUAGUGCUAAAACGUGCGUUUAAGAGUUUAAGAAACACAUUGUAAAUAACAUGAAUUGUACAUUUUAUCAAAAGAAAUAGCUGUUUAUCAGAAGAAAUAAUUGGAAUGCUUAAGUGUAUUCGCA